AAAAUGCCCCUGAUUGUGCCUUUACGCAGGCUAGCAAAGGCAAUUGCGCGAGAGGAAAGAAGUAUAAUUGUACUUCAAAAUUUCAUAUCGAAUGGCGACAUUACUGGGGAAGUUUUAUUUUAAUACUUGGCGAGUUUUACCAUUUAAACAACAAUAUCGUUUGGGAUUAUAUAAGAAAGAGGUUGAAUGUUUGAUUUUGAAAAGCCAGAAAGCAUUCUAUGCCAAUGUUAUUGCCCGAAAUGAAGAAGAAAGACGGAUAGCUGAAAAGAUUAAAUCAAAUCUCAAUGCUUCAAAAAUUGAAGUAGAAGACAUAUCAGGUGGCUGUGGUUCCAUGUACAGAAUAUUAGUGGAGUCGUCAGAAUUUGAGGGAAAGCGCACCAUACAACAACACAGAAUUAUAAAUGAUAUAUUGAAAGAUGAUGUAAAAGACAUGCACGGACUGACAUUGCAAACAUGUUCUACGAAAUAGCUCGCCGCAUACAGUUGGCUGCUAGAGAAUAAGUCUCAAGGUCAUGCUUAGUUCGCUUAGCCCUUAUGGUUUCACACCCGAAGUUUCGUAUGAAGUGUACUUAUUUGCAUAUAGCAAAAUACGAAAGCCGUUGUUUUUAGAAUCCCCAAAAUGAAGUUAACCAAGCGCGCAAAGCAUGACUUUAAGACUCAUAAUUUUGUACUUGAACAGUAAAAAGGGUUUGCCCUAAAGGCUCUCCGAAACUCUCAGAUAUUCUUUGGCUGUGUUAGUCAGAAAUAAGAAAAAGGAGAGCGAUGCAUCGAAGCUCAAACGAAUGUUCGAAAAAGCUCUGAAGGUCCUAGUACAUCUCACUUGGCACGCCAUUGUCAUGUCAUGUCAUGUGUUAAUGCCAAAAUGAAGUUAACCAAGCGCGCAAAGCAUGACUUUAAGACUCAUAAUUUUGUACUUGAACAGUAAAAAGGGUUUGCCCUAAAGGCUCUCCAAAACUCUCAGAUAUUCUUUGGCUGUGUUAGUCAGAAAUAAGAAAAAGGAGAGCGAUGCAUCGAAGCUCAAACGAAUGUUCGAAAAAGCUCUGAAGGUCCUAGUACAUCUCACUUGGCACGCCAUUGUCAUGUCAUGUCAUGUGUUAAUAACUAAAUGUAUCUUUUUUUCACAAAAUAUUGAUGAAAUGUUUUCCAAA